GAGGAGACAAACUGAGUCAUGAUCAAUGUUUUCUUCUCCGCUAUUAGGUCUCCCGAUCAGACUGGUUGAUGGGAAUGGCAGGUGCUCUGGAAGAGUGGAGGUCUAUCACGGACAACAGUGGGGAACCGUGUGUGAUGAUGACUGGGAUAUGAAUGGUGCUGCAGUGGUGUGCAGAGAGCUGGGCUGUGGUACAGCUCUGUCUGCUCCAGGUGAAGCCCAGUUUGGCCAGGGGACUGGAGAAAUUUGGAUGGACGAUGUUGACUGUUCAGGCAGUGAAUCUUCACUCUCACAGUGCUCACACACAGGGUUUGGAGAACACGACUGUGAUCACGGGGAGGAUGCAGGUGCUGUCUGCUCUGGUCCCCCGAUCAGACUGGUUGGUGGGAAUGGCAAUUGCUCUGGAAGAGUGGAGGUCUAUCACGGACAACAGUGGGGAACCGUGUGUGAUGAUAGCUGGGAUAUGAAUGAUGCUCCAGUGGUGUGCAGAGAGCUGGGCUGUGGUACAGCUCUGUCUGCUCCAGGUGGAGCCCAGUUUGGCCACGGGACUGGAGAAAUUUGGAUGGACGAUGUUGGCUGUUCAGGCAAUGAAUCUUCACUCUCACAGUGCUCACACAGAGGGUUGGGAAAACACGACUGUGAUCACGGGCAGGAUGCAGGUGCUGUCUGCUCUGGUCUCCCGAUCAGACUGGUUGGUGGGAAUGGCAAUUGCUCUGGACGAGUGGAGGUUUAUCACGAACAACAGUGGGGAACUGUUUGUGAUGAAGGCUGGGAUAUGAAUGAUGCUGCAGUGGUGUGCAGAGAGCUGGGCUGUGGUACAGCUCUGUCUGCUCCAGGUGAAGCCCAGUUUGGCCAGGGGACUGGAGAAAUUUGGAUGGACGAUGUUGGCUGUUCAGGCAAUGAAUCUUCACUCUCACAGUGCUCACACGGAGGGUUGGGAAAACACAACUGUGAUCACGGGAAGGAUGCAGGUGCUGUCUGCUCAGGUCUCCUGAUCAGACUGGUCGGUGGGCAUGGCAAUUGCUCUGGAAGAGUGGAGGUCUAUCACGAACAACAGUGGGGAACCGUGUGUGAUGAUGCCUGGGAUAUGAAUGAUGCUGCAGUGGUGUGCAGACAGCUGGGCUGUGGUACAGCUCUGUCUGCUCCAGGUGCAGCCCAGUUUGGCCAGGGGAAUGGAACAAUUUGGAUGGACGAUGUUGGCUGUUCAGGCAAUGAAUCUUCACUCUCACAGUGCUCACACAGAGGGUUCGGAGGUCACAGCUGUGGUCACGGGGAGGAUGCAGGUGCUGUCUGCUCUGGUCUCCUGAUCAGACUGGUCGGUGGGAAUGGCAAGUGCUCUGGAAAAGUGGAGGUCUAUCACGGACAACAGUGGGGAACUGUGUGUGAUGAUGACUGGGAUAUGAAUGAUGCUGCAGUGGUGUGCAGAGAGCUGGGCUGUGGUACAGCUCUGUCUGCUCCAGGUGGAGCCCAGUUUGGCCAGGGGACUGGAGAAAUUUGGAUAGACGAUGUUGACUGUUCAGGCAGUGAAUCUUCACUCUCACAGUGCUCACACAGAGGGUUGGGAGAACACGACUGUGAUCACGGGGGGGAUGCAGGUGCUGUCUGCUCAGGUCAACUUCUGCAUGUCCGUUUGCCAGCAGCCUCCCUGAUCCUGCCAAUCGCAUUAGGAGCGUCAGAAGGACUGCUGCUGGUACUGGUGCCACUCGUCUUCUUCCUGCUGUUCUGGAAGAGAAGACACAGCUCAGGACGCACCCAAGUUGCGAAGACAGCAAGCAAUGCACGUACAAUGAAUCCCUCCUUUGCCAAAGGAAAGGCCAGUGAGGAAGAGGAUGAGCAAAACUAUGUGAAUUACAGAGAUCCUACUGAAAACGAAUAAUCUGAGAAUGAAAAUAUAUAUCAAAACUCUUAGAUAUAUGACCAAAACUUGGCAGACCAAGGGCGUAACUUUAGUUUGAAUAUUGGGGGGUGCUGAAAUACAUAAAUCUCCAUAAUUGCAACCCUGCAGGGAGGUCCAGGGACAUGCUACCCUGGAAGAAAUUUUUUUAAAGAACAGCUGUGAAAUUAUCGGUUUUGGCUAAUUCUAAGGGGAAAAUACUUCAGAUUACUGUUCUUGAGGCAGACCUGACGAAAAGACUUCCUUGUUGAAUGUAAUAUGAAGAGCAGGUUGUGAAAUGCAUUUUGUGACUGGAUAAAGACAAAGGUGAUGCACGUUGGAUUGCAUGUAUUCAUUAUUAAAGGAAAGCAUGAAAAGCUGUUUCUUAAAGAACAUCUAAGUGAUGAAAAGCUUAUUUAUGAGGGCAAAGGUGUAACAUAUUUUGAUGGCAAUUUAUUUAAAGACUUAAAAAGGUUUACUAAGUUUUUAAAUGUACCAUUUUUUUAUUUAUUAUUUGUUUAAUGUAAUAAGGUUUUGAUACUGUUAACUGUUGUUUUAAAAAAUGCUAUUUUAAAUGAUAUCCUACUGCAUAACUAAUGUCAAAUGACUUAUCUUGCUCCUUAACUAACAUUAAGGCAGUUAGCGAGCCACAAGAGCAGCAGUGUCUGUUUUAAUGGUGUUUAGAAGAUGUGUAUGAAGCAGAUAGUAGGGCCUAAGUUCGUAAUGUUAUUCUUGAAAAAGUGACUCAGCACAUUUCCAAAAGAAAAUGACAACCCACGGUGGGGAAAUGGGGAAAGUGGGGAAAAUGCUAAAUUGUUUUAUUCAAAUAAUGGCAAAGCGCAUCGUUCAUAUCUAUAGCUCAUUUAUGCUGACUGUUCCUGACUGUGGUGUUCUUAAUAAAGGAUUAAUUACAACCAAA